CAGCUUCUCCGUCUUAAUUUAUCAUGGCUGGUAAAACUGGAUCAGAACAUCUCUUUAAUGCAGCCACUGAGGUCGAGACAACCGGAGCGUUGUUGAGCAACAAGAUCAACAUCCCAGCACUCUUGCCCCAAGGCCCAGCUAAGGAAUGGCUAGAUCAGCGUCGGGCUACCAUUCGCCCCUGGGCCAACUUUGUGGACCAGAGGCGUUUUGCGAAGCCUCAGAAUUUUGGGGUGCUGUGUAAACGGCUUGUCCGCAACGUGGAAUAUUUCCAGAGCAAUUACGUCUUUGUCUUCCUAGGACUUAUCGUCUAUUGCCUCAUCACCUCACCUUUACUUCUGAUUGCGCUUGCGGUGUUCUUCGGGGCCUGUUACAUCAUGUACUUGAAGACCCAACAGUCACAGCUUGUUCUUUUUG